CACAGCUCUCCAUUCACAUUCCUGCUGGGAGCUGCGUCCUGCGCGUCGGAAGGAGCUGGAAGUUGGGAAAACUUUGAAUAUAACCAGAUAUACAAAUGGAUAUAUUGCUUUGCAAAAUGAAAAAAGGACAUUUCCGAACAACUGUAUAGCGUUUUUUUUUUCUUUUACUUUUUUUUUUUGCCCAUUCUGGAUUUAUUAUGCGGACUUUGUACUGAGAGCGGGUGGAUCUGAGCGGAUAUCAGGACCCUGACGUUUCAACAUGAUAUUAACACAGAUCGAAGCCAAAGAGGCCUGCACCUGGCUCAGAGCUGCGGGGUUCCCACAAUAUGCCCAGCUUUAUGAAGAUUCCCAGUUUCCGAUUAACAUAUCCUCAGUCACCAGAGACCACGACUUCCUUGAUCGAGAUGCUAUUGAGGCUCUCUGCAGGAGGCUGAACACUCUCAACAAGUGCGCUUUAAUGAGACUGGAGAUCUCCCCCCAAAGAAAGAGAAGUGAGGAUUCGGAUGAGGAUGAGCCUUGUGCCAUCAGUGGCCGCUGGACAUUCCAGAGGGACAGCAAGCGAUGGUCCCGCAUGGAGGAGCUGGAUGUUUUUUCGUCAUUCUCUACAGAUGCAGCACAAAGCUCUUUUCCCAAAGACCAAGUAACCCAGAAGGGCAAGCUCACCCUGCGUGAAGGGAACAGUUCAGAGAGUGUGUUGACUGACCUCAGCGAACAGCCCGAGGUGGGCUCCAUCCACAGCAGCGGGAGUGGAGGAAGAGGAGAGGAGAAGAUCAAUGGCGCCGCCUCUGUAAAUGAGGCGGUACCUGCUGGUGCCACCAGGGCCAGCUCAGUAGCUAGCAUGUGUUCAUCCUCAGGCACAGGAGGAUCAGCAGGCCAUAAUGAAGACUCUCUGUCUGAUGGGUUGCCUCCGUCACCCUUGGAGACCCUCGGGCACUUCACCUUUGAUGUCAAAUCAGGGACAGUUGGAGGUGGUUUGGACAGAGGAGGAGAUGGUGGCAAAAACACUCGUUCAAGAGCUAAAAGCUUCCUGAAGAGGAUGGAGAGUUUGCGACUUCGCGGCAGCGUUUCUUCCAAGAGGAAGAAGAAGGGGAGCACUGGUUUAGGGAAAAUAGAAAUCAGCGGACCUGUCAUGAAACAAGGCUUCGAUGACGACAAACUGAGGAGGCUGAACUGCGUGGACAUCUCAAGCAUGAAUCUAAAUCACCAACACAACCCCACUCAGACCAUGACUCUCAACCGGAACCGCUCUGUAUCGUACUCCACUCAGACCAGCAACGGGAGCACAGGAAGUACUGGAAGCAGCCAGUCCGAGGCCAGCAGUGGCAGCGCCGUGAGCACGCCCAGUCCGGUGACUCGAGCGCGCAGUCAUAGCACGGCAGCAGGUUCCAGUAAGAGAGGAGGGAUGUAUCUGGAAGGCUUUGAUCCAUUUAGCCUUCUCCAGCAGGAGGUGAAUCACCAGCCGCCCAUGCCCAAAUCGGCACCGCCCAUCCCCUGCCAGUCAAGUGAUGGGAUGUGCAUCAAUGAGCAGAACCGCAGAAACAAAUGCAGAGCUCAACCCAAAAGCAGACAAGAAGAAGAAGAGGAAGAGGAGGAGGAUGAAGAAGGUGGCAUGAUCUUCUUUUAUUUGCCAGAGGGCCACAAGCCUGGAACGUUCCCCAAAGCCCUGCAGGAUGGGAGUCUGCGUAACAACAACGGAAACGACAACGGGAAUUCUGUGAUCCUAAGGGGUCGGCAGAGCAGGCGCCAGCGCAGCGCUUCUUCAGGGUCAGUCGACAGCCGGCUUAGUUUCUACGACAACGUUCCAUAUGACGAAAGAGAUGAGGGAGAGGAGGAGGAAGGAGACGAACACAAACUGGACGAGGUGCUUCAACAUGUCACAGGCUUCGUCAAUGCCUGGUCAGAGGCCGUGGCCGGUGAGGAGGAGGAAGAGGAGGAUGAAGAGGAAGAGGGGGACUCGGAUUCUGCUCUAGACUCUGCGUCACCAUGCCCAUCCUCCCCUAUGCAGAACAGGCUGGAAGAGACAGAGAACGGAAGUGACCAGGACAGCACAGGAAACCCACUGGGAGAUGCUGAGGAUGGGAUGAGGGAGCGAAGAGAUUCAGGCGUGGGAGCAUCUCUGACUCGAACUAGCAGACCGCAGAAGCUCCGCUGGCCGAGCUUCCAGAACUCUCAUCGGCCAAGCCUGGCUUCAGCCCAGCUCCAGAUCAGCUGCCAGUCUGUUCUGCAGAUGAAUCUUUUGCAGAAACUCUCCCUUCUGCAGCUCACUGCUCUGCUGGAGAAACACACUCCAACAAACAAGCAUGGCUUCAGUUGGGCUGUGCCAAAGUUUAUGAAGCGAAUCAAAGUGCGCGACUACAAAGACCGGAACGUGUUUGGCGUGCCACUCCAGGUCAUCGUCCAGCGGACUGGUCAGCCCCUCCCUCAGGGUAUCCAGCAGGCCAUGCGCUAUUUGCGCAAUCAAUGUCUUGACCAGGUGGGCCUUUUCAGAAAAUCUGGAGUUAAAUCUCGCAUCCAAGCUCUUCGCCAAAUGAACGAGGCCAGCGGCGCCGAUGGUGGAGGGGUCAGCUAUGAGGGCCAGUCGGCCUAUGAUGUAGCUGAUAUGCUGAAGCAGUAUUUCAGGGAUUUGCCCGAGCCACUGCUCACAAGCAAGCUGUCUGAGACCUUCCUGCAGAUUUAUCAAUACAUGCCCAAAGAGCUCCGCCUCCAGGCUACCCGUGCCGCUGUGCUGCUGCUGCCAGAUGAGAACAGGGAGGCGCUGCGCACACUGCUGUGCCUGCUUAGUGACGUGACGGCGUGUGUGGCUGAGAACCAGAUGACGCCCACCAACCUGGCCGUGUGCUUAGCGCCGUCACUCUUCCAUCUUAACACCCUGCGCCGCAAGGAGAGCUCUUCUCCCAGGGUAAUGAACCGGAAGCAGACGCUGGGCAAACCUGACCAGAGGGAUCUGAAUGAGAACCUGGCUGCCACUCAUGGACUGGCCCACAUGAUCCAGGACUGCAGAAAACUCUUCAGGAUCCCCGAAGAGAUGAACCGUUGCAGGAACUCCUACGUGGAGCAGGCUCUGCUGCCGCAGCGCUUUGAGGAGCUGGCUGGUGAGGAGGCAGGACAGGGGGGCUACAGAGCCUGCCUUCAGGACAGCUUGGACCAGCUCCUGAAGGAGGCCAAAGACAAGUUCAAAGGUUACGACAGCUGCUCCACGCCUGAGCAUGCAGAGCUGGCCUACAGGAAGGUGCACGAUGGAUUUCCACUCAGACUCUGGAAAGUAACAGUAGAGAUUCCAGCAAGUCCCGAUGAGGUUCUGACACGAGUACUACGAGAGCAAGGGCAUUGGGAUGAGGACCUACUGGAAAGCAGAGUGGUGGAGACCCUGGAUGAGCGGACGGAGAUCUACCAGUAUGUCCGAAACGCCAUGGCACCACAUCCCACUAGAGACCACCUGGUGCUAAGAACAUGGAUCACAGACCUGCCGAAGGGUGCGUGCGCACUUGUUUCUACGUCUGUGGACCAUGAAGGGGUUCCAGUGGUGGGUGUCCGUGCCAAUGUGCUCACCUCACGCUACUAUGUAGAACCCUGUGGAGCCAACAAAUCCAGACUCACGCACAUUUCCAGAAUCGACCUCAGGGGUCGUUUUCCAGAGUGGUACAACAAACUCCACGGACAGUUGUGUGCCGCUGAGGUGGCAAGAAUAAGAGACUCCUUUACGGUUUCCAUGGACAAAUAAGCAGGAAGGAUGCAAUUCGGACCAAAACAGAUUCUUGGACUGCAAAAAAUACUCAAGGAGCAGUCAGACUGUCAUUAUUUCCACAAACAAAAGACAAAGUUUGUAACCUGGUUUCAAGGACUUGCUUGUCCCGGGUCGAAAGAGUUAACUGAUCGUGUUGGGACUGCUGAAAAGGAUUCGCACACAGAUUUAACUUUUUGUUGUCAGUUCAAGACAUGUGGUUUAGACUUUAUCUAAAGGGAUGAUACUGCUUCUGAGAAGCAAAGAAGAUUCAAGGUAUGCAUGAACUUGUGUGUGCGGGAUGUGUUCAAAGCAGCAAAUGGUGAAUGCAUAUUUACUCAUGUCGGUUUACAGGCAGAAGAAACCGUGUACAUACAAACUAUUUUGGGUCAGAAAAGUAGCUUUGACCAUCCACCUCAUGCUACCUCUGACCAACAUUUCUGUUACAGCAAAGCACAGGAGGAGCGGUAGACGUUAUUAUAGAGAGCUGCUGAAUGAAUCUGUGGGUGAAGAAAGAUGCAAAUCCACAGACUGAGUUGGAACAAUAGAUAGGAUAUGGUGAGAUGACAGGUGGGCGAUUGCAAGCAGGGUUUUAGUGUUUAGAUGUAGACAGAGGAGGGCUGGUGGCUGGCUCACCAAAAUGAAAGGACUGAUCAGUCAGGGCCUCAUUCACUGACAGAUAAAAGUCACUCCAAUCCCUACAGAAGGAUUUGAAUGAGUCAGGGGUUUUAUAUAGAAGCCGAUUUUUGUUUGCAAAGAUCCAACCGAUGGGUUUAGCCUCCAAGCUAGUGCCAAAAGCCAGAUCUUUAGCGACUUUACAGAGAACAGCAGGGAAAUAAAAACCAGGUGUAAUGGACCAAAUGGAGAAAAAGCUGAAAGCUAAACCUAGAAGGUGUCAAUGUUCGUUUUAGUCUCAAACACGUCACUGUUUUGUUGAUUGAAUUACGGUUUGUUGUUUGCAUUUCUGUUUUAUUAAAAUAUAUUACAUACUAUACAUAUUCAAUACUUUGUGCACAAAAGAACAGAAGACACUGUUCAAACCUGCAACAUAAACCUCCAGCUACAAGAAAAGAUGAGAGAAAAAAGCCCUUUUAUAAAGGCGGGGAUUUUACAGGUUUUACUGUAAAGAGGGGAGAAUGAAUGUGUUUUUCUAUAGAAGGAUACAAAUCUUUUUGCGUAAGCGUCUAUCUCUCUUAUCUCACAGUGUUUAAAAAGUAAUUAUAUAGAGUUGGGUCCACGUAACUUCUAGCUUUGACGCUCUUCUAUCACAGACUGUUCAUGUGGAGUGUGUAAUUAAUUCACUAAGCCAUUUGUUUAUAUUCUACAAGUUUAUACCUGUAACAGUGUCUCUGCCAAAAUAUAACGCAUGACAAUGACAGUUAAUUUAAAGUAAAUAUAUUUAUACCUCAGAUAUGUUUUGUUUUGUAUCAUUUGUUAUUUUAUUGUACAUGGUAAGCUUUGUGUUACAGAUAAUGUGUUUUAUCUUUUUUAUUAAUAUUAUUGCUGUACAGGUUAAUCAAAGUGCACUAUUAAAUGUAUUAAAAUA